AGCCCCACUACAGCUGUUCCUUACAUGUCAGUGAAGUGCAUUGAUGUAAGAAAAAACCACCACAAAACGAAGUGGCUGAUGCCCUGGGGACCCAACCACUGUGAGAAGCUCAAAGACUUCGACGAGGCAGUGAGCAGGCAGAUUGAAGCCAAUGAUAUCGUGUUUGCUGUGCACGUUCCCCUCCCCAGCAAGGAGAUGAGCCCCUGGUUCCAGUUCAUGCUUUUCAUCAUGCAGCUGGACAUCGCGUUCAAGAUGGACAACGACCUAAAAGAAAACGCAGAAGUUACCCUGGAUGUGUCAUUAGCAUAUCGCGAUGACAUGUUUGAUGAUUGGGAAGAAAUAGCACAUGCAAUAGAGAUCAGGAAGCUGAAAUGCACCUUUGGCUCACCAAAAACCCUAGAGUCUCAAGGCCGUCACUACGACUGUGACUUCCUUCCUUUCAUGGAGAUUGGCAGCGUGGCCCACAAGUACUACCUCAUCAACAUCCGCCUCCCCGUGAAUGAGAGGAAGGGCAUUAAUGUGGGCAUUGGGGAAAUCAAGGAUAUCCGUCUCGUGGGCAUCCAUCAAAACGGAGGCUUUACAAAAGUGUGGUUUGCCAUGAAGACCUUCCUCACCCCUAGCAUUUUAAUUAUCAUGGUCUGGUACUGGAGACGGAUCACGCUGAUGACACGCGCUCCUGUCCUGCUGGAGAAGGUCAUCUUUGCUCUGGGAAUUUCCAUGACGUUCAUUAACAUCCCCGUGGAGUGGUUUUCCAUUGGAUUUGACUGGACUUGGAUGUUGCUCUUUGGAGACAUUCGACAAGGCAUUUUCUAUGCCAUGCUUCUAUCAUUUUGGAUCAUCUUUUGUGGAGAGCACAUGAUGGACCAGAACGAGCGGAAUCGUCUCUCGGGGUACUGGAAGCAGGUUGGACCCAUAGCUGUUGGCUCCUUCUGCCUCUUCAUCUUUGAUAUGUGUGAGAGGGGUGUGCAGCUGAAGAACCCCUUCUACAGCAUCUGGACCACCGAAGUUGGCACAGAGCUGGCUAUGGCCUUUAUUAUAGUUGCAGGGAUCUGCUUGUGUCUCUAUUUUCUCUUCCUGUGCUUUAUGGUCUUUCAAGUGUUCAGAAACAUCAGUGGAAAGCAGUCAAGUCUCCCAGCCAUGAGCAAGGCUCGCCGCCUUCACUACGAGGGGCUGAUUUUCAGGUUCAAGUUCCUGAUGCUCAUUACCCUGGCUUGUGCAGCGAUGACAGUCAUCUUCUUCAUUGUGAGCCAGGUGACCGAAGGCCACUGGAAAUGGGGGGACAUAACGAUACAAGUGAACAGCGCCUUCUUCACCGGCAUCUAUGGGAUGUGGAACCUCUACGUCUUUGCCCUGAUGUUCCUGUACGCACCAUCGCACAAGAAUUACGGUGAAGACCAGUCGAACGGUGACCUGGGAGUAAACAGCGGGGAAGAGCUCCAGCUCACCACCACCAUCACCCAUGUGGAUGGGCCCACAGAGGUUUACAAGCUGGCUCGCAAGGAGGCUCAGGAGUAAUGCUGGGACAGCCUCAGCUGGGAGCCAGACCAGAGUGGAGAGCAGAGGAUGGCACAAGGCCCUCUGGCAGGAGACCUGUCUGACCUACCUUGCUUCUGGAGCACCCGUACCUAGUGUAUUUUCACAGAGCAGUGACACCGAGCAGAACAUUUGUAAACUCUUUAAUAUGGUGUAGUUAUUCCUGGGGGGAGGGAUACGUAUAUUGUGUUACACUCGAGCACGUAAAAACCUGCUAGAAAAGCAUUAAGGUUGCAAAGUCGCGCGUUCAGGAGUUAGGAAGGGGCAGAGCUGACACUGGGCAGUUUUGAUUUG